AUGGCUUCGGAUACUAGGCGCCCGAGGGUGUUCUUCGACAUUGCGAUUGGCGGCGUCAAGGCUGGACGGGUCGCUUUCGAGCUGUACAAUGAUAUCGUCCCCAAAACCGCCGAGAACUUUCGCGCGCUCUGCACUGGCGAGAAAGGAGUCGGCAAAUCGGGCAAGCCCCUCUACUACAAGGGCUCUAUCUUCCACCGCGUCAUCAAAGGCUUCAUGAUACAGGGCGGCGACUUCACACAGGGCAAUGGGACGGGCGGGGAGAGCAUAUAUGGGGAGAAGUUUGAGGAUGAGAAUUUCGAGAAGGUGCAUGACAAGCCGUUUUUGCUGAGUAUGGCGAAUGCUGGGCCGGGCACAAACGGCUCGCAGUUCUUCGUCACCACAGUCCCAACGCCGCAUCUAGAUAAGAAGCACGUCGUGUUCGGUGAGGUCAUCAACGGCAAGAGCAUUGUACGGCAGGUCGAGAAUCUCAAGACCCAAAGCGGUGACAAGCCAUGGCAUGAUGCUACCGUUCUCGACUGCGGAGAGCUCACCGGCGAAGACUACGAAAAGGCCACGGAGAAGGUCUCAGAUGCGACCGGCGACCCGUAUGAGGACUACCCAGAGGACCAGAAGCCCGCCGACUCAGAAUGGAAAGGCACCGACAUCCUCAAAAUUGCUACCGAGCUCAAAGACCUAGGCAACACAGCCUUCAAAAAGGGAGAUCUCAACCUCGGCAUCACCAAGUACCAAAAAGCCCUCCGCUACCUGCACGAAUACCCAACACCGCUAGAUUCGGACCCCGCAGACCUCGGUGCCAACCUCAAUGCCCUCAAAAUCAUCCUCUACUCCAACUCUGCCCUCCUCCAGAACAAAGUCGGCCAAUUCAACGAAGCUGCAGAGAACGCUAGCAAAGCCCUAGAAAUCGAGGGCAUUGCGGAUAAGGAUAAAGCCAAGGCGUACUUCAGGCGCGCGCAAGCACGAGUCGGUAAGAAGAACGAGGAGGAUGGGCUGGCGGACCUGCAUGAGGCACAGAAGUAUGCGCCGGGCGAUGCGGCGAUUAUGAAGGAGUUGGAGAGCGUGAGGAAGAGGGUUAAGGAGCGGAAGGAGAGGGAGAAGAAGGCGUAUAAGAACGCGUUCAACUUUGAUUGA